AUGGCACCUGGCCUAGUUGAGACCACAGUUGGGGUCACUCAAGUGGCCACCAAAGACGUGAAGGCCACUUUUAAGCCCACCGGUAACACCCUCAACUACGUUCCCGGCCGCACCACCAUCAAAAAGCAACAUGAGACAUACAAAUACGAGGACCUCCGACCCCGAUUUCCCGACAUCACCUGGCCCGCUCUCACUCCUGUCGAAUACCACGACAAAGGCCUGCUAGGCGACGCCAACUUCAAGAACCUCCUCGCCUCCGCCACAGAUGUCUUCGACUACAACCCUAAAGUUGGCACUGAGAUCCACGGCGUCGACCUCGCCAACCUCACGGACUUGCAGAAGAAUGACCUUGCGCGCUUGAUUGCUACGCGGGGUGUGGUGUUUUUUAGGGAUCAGAAAAACUUCGGCGUUGACGAGCAGCGGGCGCUGGGAAUGUACUUCGGAGAGCUGCAUAGCCAUGCUACGACUGCGAUGCCGAGGCGGGAGGGGCUCGAGGAUGUGCACGUUGUGUUUACGGGGGAAAACUCGCCAGAUCUGAGGGCUCUGUUUACACCGACCUUCCUGUGGCACUCGGAUGUCACAUACGAAGAGCAGCCCCCUUCCUACACUUCCCUCAAGGUUCUCACCGGCCCACCCCGCGGCGCCGGCGGCGACACCCUCUGGUCCUCCCAAUAUGCAGCCUACGACAUGCUCUCGCCCUAUAUGCAGAAGUACCUCGAUUCUCUGACCGCUAUCCACUCCGCUGAACUCCAAGCACAGGGCACACGGGAGCUAGGUCGCACUGUUCGCCGCGAGCCCGUGACCACUGCCCACCCUCUUAUCCGCACCAAUCCUGUCACAGGCUGGAAGUCGCUGUUCUUCAACCCUGGCUUCGUGACCAAGAUCAUCGGCGUGCCCAAGACCGAGAGCGAUGCGAUUAUCAGGCUACUGAAUGAGAUUGUGGCGACAAGUCCUGAGGUGCAGGUUCGUUUCCAGUGGAAUGAAGGCGAUGUUGCUUUCUGGGAUAACCGCGUUUGCAACCACUCCGCGAGCUACGGCUUUGCGCCACACCGCAGACACGCCGUGCGCGUAUGCUGCCGUGCUGAGCGCCCUUAUCUCGAUCCGGAAAGCAAAAGCCAGGAGGAUGAUCUCUCGGCCAGGUAUGGCAUCCCGAAGGCGAACAAGGAUGGCUCGGGCAUCGUGAACUACAACGACUGA